UUUUUUAUUGAUUUGAAAUUGACCUGCAGAUUUUAUAAAAUAAUUGUUCCAAAUUAAGAUGGUUCACCAAAAUAUAAUAGUAGGACCCGAGUUGGAAAGACUUAUUGAUACUUCUUUAGGAGAACUAUUGUUGUUGUUACUGAAAACCUAUGAAGAUAAUGUUCUUCAGGUGGAUGGAGAAACUAACGAAAAACUAACAGCCACGCUAUUAUUAAAAAGGAGUAUAAAAUUAGCAAAGUGGUUGCAGAGUCAAGGUAUCGGAGUUGGUGACAGUAUUUCCAUAAAUAGUGAAAAUCGACUAGAAUUUUGUGUGGUACCUGUAGCUACCCUAUUUGCCGGGGCUACCUUUUCACCGCUGAACCCGGAUUACCUACCACGUGAGUUGACUCAUGUCCUGAAUCUUUCCAAACCAAAAGUGAUAUUCUGCUCCAGCAAAACAAUCGACAAAAUGUUGAAUAUUCUACCGCAACAUCCUCACAUACAAAAAUUAGUUUUAUUCGGAAACGAACAAGUCCGUUCCGAAAAUGUCGUCAGAUACCAAGACAUUGUAAAUGGCGCCGAUUCAGAGGAAGUCGACGAGGAAUACAGCGUGACGUCAUUGGACCCUAAAGAAGCCGUCGCCACCAUUUUGUGUUCCUCGGGAACCACCGGCAUGCCUAAAGGUGUGAUGUGUACGCACGACAGCAUGACAGCCUACAUUGACAUUUCCAGGAAUAUCAUGGGCGAUAUAGUGGAUAAUGACGAUCCUAGUGACGCUAUGAUGGGACUCAUACCGUUUUUCCACUCGUUCGGUUUCAUGUUGAUGUUCUUGAAUCUUUUGAGAGGUAAAACGAUGGUGGUCCUCGGCAAAUUCAAGCCGAAGAUAUUUCUCGAUGCCGUAGUAAAUUAUAAGGUUGCUAGGUUGAUAGUUCCUCCCCCCGUAUUAUUAUUUUUGCUAAAAAGUCCCAUGGUGAAAAACUAUGAUUUGUCCUGUAUCAAAGAAAUGCGAAGCGGAGCAGCUCCGAUGGGCAAAGAUAUGGAAAAAGAACUAAAAAGCAGGUUUAGAGUGAAACACGUUUCCCAAGGUUACGGCAUGACCGAAACGACACUAGGAGUGCUCGUUUCACCUCACGGUAAAAGUAAAAUCGGAUCGUGCGGUAAAAUUGUUCCCGGAAUGAUGGCAAAGGUCAUAGACGAAGCCGGCAACCCUCUACCCGCGUACAAAGAGGGCGAGGUCUGCUUCAAGGGCCCGCUGAUCAUGAAAGGUUACGUCGGCGAUGCCAAAUCCACCCUAAACACAAUCGAUAAGGACGGGUGGUUGCAUACGGGCGACGUUGCCUACUACGAUGAUGACGGGUACUUUUUCAUCGUCGACAGGAUCAAGGAGCUGAUCAAGUACAAAGCUUUCCAGGUAGCCCCUGCAGAAUUGGAAGCAUUGCUGCUGACCCAUCCUGCCGUUCAAGAUUCAGCAGUUAUAGGCCUGCCAAAUGAGGAGGCUGGAGAGUUGCCUUUGGCUUUCAUCGUGAAAAAAUCCGGGAGAAACAUAACGGAAAGGGAAAUCGAACGAUUCGUUGAAGAUAAUGUUUCGCCUCAGAAAAGGCUGAGAGGUGGCGUGAUAUUUCUGAGUGAAAUACCUAGGAAUCCAACAGGAAAGAUACUCAGAAGAGUGCUGAGAGAGAGGGCAGUGAAACUGGUAUCAAAAUUGUAGUUUUCAUUUUUGUGAUAAUUAUUCUUGUUAUGACAAUGCAAUUGUUUUUUAUUCAUUUGGUGAUCAGUAUGAAUCGGUGUUAUGAUUUUUUGUGGUUGAUGAAUUUUAAUUAAUAAUUGAUAAUAUAUUUAUACUUCUGCUAUUGC